AUGUCGCCCAUAAGAGGCGCAGAAGUAGCCGUUCUUCCUGAAAGUUUUAAAGUCCACCAAUUUGAAUUUAAAAGCGACUGCAACACCGACACAACAUCGAACAAGCCUCUUUUGCAGACGAAAACGCGAUGGUUCAAGAGUGCAUUCGGAUUUCUGAUCUUUGUUGUACUUGCGAUUAUCAUUUUUAUAACAGAAUUGCACGUCUUCCCUCGCUGGGCCAGCUUUGAUCUGAAAUGCAGUCCUGUUACAAUUGAUGCUUCCACAGUUAACUACCGUUCUCACGACCGAUUUUACACCUUAUUAAAGGAUAUGGAAGCCUUGAAGCCACCCAUUUUUCGUAAAGAGCAUACAGAACUGUGCGACGACGCAAAUCGUGAGACCCGUAAAUCACACUACUGCCUUCCUAUCACAACUCAGGAGGACCGGGUGUUUUGUGCUGGCUUAGGUCGAAUGGAACUCUUUGCUCGACAAUCGCCGUUGACAUUGUGUCGUUCGUGUGUGAUGCAUAUGCUGCUGCUAGAUGUGUAUGAAGAGCUUGAGGCAGCAGGAGCGUCGCCUAGCAUCAAUUUGUCUUCGGCGGAUGGCUUAGCAACAGUCGGGACAGAUAUGGAUUCGACCUCACUGGAUGGCAUUUCGACAAUCAUGUACAACGGUGAAAUCACUCCAGAGGACAAAUUAGGCGUUGAACUUUCAAAAAAAGGUUAUCACAUGUUCCAAGAUAAAAGUGGUUGGUUCGUGUGUGUGGCACCCACACACCCGCUCGCCUUGCACUUGUAUGACCCCGAUCGAACUUUAGUAAACGAAACAAGCUCCAUACCACACAUAGACCUUGUUAUUGCUACAAGCAAAGUUGAAUCAAGAGAGGUUGUCUCCAACAUUCUUAAAGCCGAAUCGACCUUGGAUGGAAACUGCUCACCGAAGGUACUGGACGCAAAAGACAUCAAAUACUCCUCUAGUCAUCGAUAUUACUCGAUGCUACAGACAAUGGAAACACUGCCACCCCCUAUAUUUCAUAACAACCACAUGGUCUUAUGUGACGAGAACGAGAGUGAUGAUGAAAAGAUUCCGUACUGUCUUCCUAUUUCUGUACGCAAUGAUGCUGAGUUUUGUGCUGGAGCUAAUCGCAUCGAUUUGCUGGUACGUCAGUCUCCGACAACAUUAUGCCUCGAAAGUGUGUUAGACCUUCUCGUUUUAGAUACUCUUGACGAACUGCGAGCUGCCGGAGAGUCUGUCGUCAAAUAUAAAAGUGAAGAAGAUCAAAUCUCGACCAAUAAUACCAGCAUCACAUACAAUGCAUUACUCGUCAAUCGAAAUGAGCUGAAACAUUCGCUGCUUCGAAAGGGUUAUCACCUUUUUGGUGAAGACGAUUGGCGUGUCUGUGUAGCUCCGAUUCAUCCGCUUGCUUCAACUCUUUACGAUCCAAAUCAGACUAUGUUCACAGGGCCACAAAUAACGCUCACACCAAAUAAUGAAGCCGACGAUCCAAUUAGUGAAAGGGAAACUGGUGCAGUCUCUUUUACUAAAAGUUCUAUGUUGAGCGAGAUGAAGGAACUAAAUACUUCUUACGUACCAUCAGGCUGUGCGCCAGAGACGGUUAAAGUGAUCGAAGAUGGCCUCGGUGGCGAGUUUUACACAAUGAUGGGAAAUUUGAGUCCAUUGUCUCAGCUCAAACUUGAAGGCGAUCACGAAGCUUUGUGCAGCGCGAACGACCGUAAAGAGCGUGGAUUUAGCUACUGCUUACCAAUAUCAGGCCAGAAGGAUAUGUCGCGCUGUGCACAUGCAGAUCGGAUGGAUAUUUUCUUAUGGCAGUCACCCAAAGAGCAGUGCUUUUCUAGUGUUCUACAUUUGCUUCUAAAAGACGUUUUUGAGGAGCUGAAAGCGGUCGGAUUUGCUCCAAUAUUGACAUUUGGAACUCUCUUAGGUGCCGUUCGCGACGAAGGGCUUAUACCGUUCACUGAAGAUGUUGAUAUUGCGUACAACGGAAAAGUGGUCGAUGGUGGCGACUUGGACGAGCGGUUGUGGCGUAAAGGGUACCAUCUCUUUCAGUAUAACAUAUUUCGUGUCUGUGUAGCCCCCACACAUCCACUUGCGUCCCAGCUUUUUGAUCCCGAACGAUCGAUUGUCGAAGAUUACGCUGUCCCGUACGUGGAUUUGUACUCUAUGGAACAAGAGCUCGACUCCACUUGGUCAAUGCAAGAGCUCAAAAGUCCAUCACUUCCUAACGAGCGAGUUCAGCCUUUUUCGCAAGUGGCGAUCAAUGGCGAGCAAUUUGACACAGUGCAUGAUCCCAAUUUUUUACUUUUAACGGAAUAUGGGACUGACUACAUGACUCCCCAGCCUCGUUAUCGCAGACUAUCGGAUUUUAAAUGA